AAGUUAGAACAUAAAAUAGAAAAGUACUCGAAACAAUCAAAAAGUUUUCGUGUAAACUUCAAUUCUAUAUCAUUGGUUUUGAUAUUAAUUCGUGAACUUGAUCACUGUGAAUGUUUUAAUCAGUUACAAUUAAUCAUUGUCGUUAAGUGCUAAUUGUUGGUUGACAUUGAAAUCAAAACGUAAACAACAGGGGAAAAAAAUGGCUGAUGAGAACAUUGAAUUUGAUUGGAAAAGUGUUGAUUCAAUAUUUGAUUUCGUUGUGAAAAACUUGGACGGCGAGGAUGUGCCACUUGAACAAUAUCGUGGAAAAGUUUGUUUGGUUGUUAAUGUUGCGUCCAAUUGUGGACUAACCAAAUCAAAUUAUCGACAAUUAAAGGAAUUGUACGAAAAACUAAAAGACACCGAUAAAUUUGCUAUACUCGCAUUUCCAUGUAAUCAAUUUGCCGGACAAGAACCCGCUUGUGAAACUGAUCUGAAAGAGUUCAAAUUGAAGCAGAAAAUUGAGUUCGACUUUUUCGCCAAGAUAAAUGUCAACGGCAAAGAAGCGGCUCCAUUGUACAAUUACCUGAAAUCGAAACAAGGAGGAAUUCUGGGUAAUUUCAUCAAAUGGAAUUUCACCAAAUUCUUAUGUAACAAACAGGGUAUUCCAGUGUCCAGGUAUGGACCAAGCACCGAACCUCUGGAGAUCGAGAAAGAUAUAAUGGCAAUUUUAGAUGAUUAAUAAAUCAUUUGGAGUUUACUCAAUUCUAGUAACCAUAGAUUCAUGUGAAUUGAAUCACCAUUGGAGCAGACAAUCAACUUUGGUAAUCAAACAAUAAACCAACAAUUUAGCCACAAUUAGAGACGGCAAACUAAUAAUAAUUAACGUCUAGCAAUUUAAUCAAUCACAUACAUAAUUAAAAUGUCAAAAGACAAUAAUUAUGAAUGAGAGUCAAUGAUUUAGUCAAAAAUUAGUAAUCAAACUGUACUCAUUAUCUAAUUGUAACCAAUGUAAUAUUAUUAGAUUGUUUAAAUUUACUAAUCAGUGACAAUCAAUAAACAUCACAACGAACAAACAAAUUAACAAUC